AUGGCACCUAAGGUAGACAAGAAGCCAGCCGAAAAUAAGCUAGUCGAGGAGAAGAAGACUACGGUUGCUGAGAAGGCCCAUCGGAAGCAGGACAAGAUUGUGGUUGACCGCAGAGCUGCUGAGAUCGAACUUGAUGCAAGGCAACGUUCUCGUCUCACCGCAAUGGUUUUUGCUGAAAAAGCACAUAUAAAUGAUAAUAAUCUCCACGGACCAGUUCCAAGGCCAUUAGCUGGUAUGUCUAGCUUGAAAGUUUUCUCUCAAAAUGCUGCUAAUGCUUUUCUUAUGCUAUGUGUUAUAUAUCUGGUGUUGUUAGAGAUGUUUCAAAUAACAAAUUAUAUGUUACUCUAA